AGGCAGAGGGCCCUGAUUUGUCAUUUGGAGGCCCAACAAUGGCGACUGCACCCUAUGGCCAUGGCUCCCACCUUCUCUUCUCUCUCAGUACAACAUCCGUGCUCUCUCAAUAAAUACCCAAUUUCUUUCCAAAUCGGAACCGAAAUUUUCCAAAUGGCCAUUCGAAAACCGGCGAUUCACACGGCGGCGCUCAAGCAGAUUGUGAAGCGCUGCUCCAGCCUAGGGCGGAAGCAAGAGGCCGCCGCCGCCGCCGCCGCCGCCGAGGCUGGAUUUGACGAUGUUCCCAAGGGACAUUUCGCCGUCUACGUCGGCGAGAAUCGGAGCCGAUAUGUCGUCCCGAUUUCGCUCUUGACUCACCCCGAUUUUCAAUGCCUCCUCCGCCUUGCCGAGGAGGAAUUCGGUUUCCACCACCACAUGGGCCUCACUAUCCCUUGUGAAGAGGUGGUUUUCCGCUCACUCACCGCCGCUCUCAAAUGAACCACUUUUUUUUUUUUUCUUCUCUCUUGGAGAAAUGAUUAUAUCUACCCAGCAAUUUUACACCGUUGGAUGCGGAAAAUUCUAAAUCCAACGGAUUGCAACCCAUGUGGAGUAAUUUUUAGCGGGUUUAUUUUAUUAUUUUUAACCCUUUUAAGGGUUUUUUUUUUUAUUUUAUUUUAAUUGAUGAACCUUUUGGAUGAUGAAAGUCCCACGUCUCCCUAAUUUAGGAAUGAUCAUCUGUUUAUAAGUAGGGAAUAUAACUUCAUUGGUACGAGUCUUCUCCGGAAGCCCAAACAAAGCCUUAUGCUUCAUUGGUACUAUUGUGGAGAGUCGUGCUCGUUUAAUAGAACCAAACUCCAAAAUAUGUAUAAAUGGGGUUUGGAAUUUGUAUAAAUAUAUUUUCGUAGA